AGAAGAGAAGAAUUUGUCACUGAAAACCGCAUAAAAUCUAACCGAUUACACAGCGGUAAGAUAAGAAUGAGUUGAACGGACCUUGGAGAAAAUACUGAUUUCUUAUUUGGCAUCAGAAAGAUACGUAUUUUCAGAUCCAUUUCGCAAUGUCAAUACCAUGCGAAGUGUCACGUUUAACCGAAUCUCCAAGAUCAGAAUUGUAAUUACGAACGUAUACAAGACUCUGAUCUGAUUGAAUCCCUAUGAAAAGCUGACGUAGCUGGAAGAAUCUAAUGAAAGACAAUAAUCGGUCACCAAGUAAACUGUAAUACCGGCAGAGGAGCCCCUAUCUAAUUGAAAAUUAUUAUAGUUCGGUCACGCUUCGACUUGUGCCGCGAUUAUAAAUUCACUUACAAUGUCCGCUGCUCUAGUCGCGGGUCCAACAACAAAGAAAUCGAAAGCAUAAAAUCGAUGAUAUUCCACCGAGCCGAUCGAGCAUAACGACACCUCGAGCGCAACUGGAAAAGGCUUAUAAAGGGAAACACGUUUUGCUUCAUGAGUUUAGUUAUUCGUUACUCGCCUCGGACACUGGCUCUACGCUACAUUCGACAGGAGGAAUGUCUCUGAUUUGGAGAUGCGUAUUGCUGGCUUCGAUACUGUUGAGCGCAGCCAGUAUUGAUUUUCACGCAACGUAUCGUUCUUUUCAUUUGCCACCGUCGAGCUGGGAGGAAGCGGAACGAAGAGGGCAGAACCUUUGAUGCGUCACAAGAUGGUCGAUUGCUUCGAUGAGAAUGUCAAGAUUCGUGAUCCGAAAAAUUAUGAGGUCGAGAAGAGACGUCAAAACGAGGAAACGAGGAUGUCUAUAAUACGCCAUAAACGUCGUGCACGUUGUAUUGUCAAGAUGAGCGUCAGCGAUGGUCACGUGCCCAGCAGCGACCCGCGAAAUUUCGAAAUGAAGACUUCGUACGAGAUCAAUAGGAAGGUGACGUCACCGCCCAUCGUGCACUCGUACAACGAACACUCGAGUCACUCCGUGACGUCACCGCCCAUCGAGCAUUCGUACAACGAACACUCGAGUCACUCGGUGACGUCACCGCCCAUCGUCCAUUCGUACAACAAACACUCGAGUCACUCCGUGACGUCACCGCCCAUCGAGCAUUCGUACAACGAACACUCGAGUCACUCGGUGACGUCACCGCCCAUCGUCCAUUCGUACAACAAACACUCGAGUCACUCCGUGACGUCACCGCCCAUCGAGCAUUCGUACAACGAACACUCGAGUCACUCGGUGACGUCACCGCCCAUCGUCCAUUCGUACAACAAACACUCGAGUCACUCCGUGACGUCACCGCCCAUCGAGCAUUCGUACAACGAACACUCGAGUCACUCGGUGACGUCACCGCCCAUCGUCCAUUCGUACAACAAACACUCGAGUCACUCCGUGACGUCACCGCCCAUCGAGCAUUCGUACAACGAACACUCGAGUCACUCGGUGACGUCACCGCCCAUCGUCCACUCGUACAACGAACACUCGAGUCACUCCGUGACGUCACCGCCCAUCGAGCAUUCGUACAACGAACACUCGAGUCACUCGGUGACGUCACCGCCCAUCGUCCAUUCGUACAACAAACACUCGAGUCACUCCGUGACGUCACCGCCCAUCGUGCAUUCGUACAACAAACACUCGAGUCACUCGGUGACGUCACCUCCCAUCGAGCAUUCGUACAACGAACACUCGAGUCACUCGGUGACGUCGCCACCUGUUCUACGCACAUACAAUAGUCAUUCGAGUCACUCGGUGACGUCGCCACCUGUCGUGCGAACUUACAACAGACAUUCAAGUCACACCGUCACAUCCGGUCCCAUCACACACACUUACCAUCAUUCCGUCACGUCUCCUCCUAUAGUCGUAACCUAUAGUAAUCAUCACAGUCAUUCUUCCGAUCACGAGAACAGGGAUAACUCUUAUGCCCAACUUCCGGGUAUUCCUGAUCUCCCUGACAUACCCCACAUUGGUCACGAAGGGACCUACGUCAAUCAGAACGUGCACGUGCAUGGCAAUCAUUUGAAUAACGGGCAAGACAUUUCGGAUGACGUUGAUCCACAACCUGGUGAGAAAACCAUAACGUUCAAAACCAACACUAAUCGACAUGAAACUGUCGAUCAUACAGGAUUCGUGAAGGAAAAAGCAAAUGGUUACCCACAUAGGAUAAACGAUGAGUGGAUAAAAAAAUUCAGCAUGAUGGAUGGAAACGGUCGUUUCAUGAAUUCCGGCUAUUCCAUAUCUGGUAAACUCUACGACCGAGGAAUCUUACUCUCCGCCGUUAUGCUCCAGUGUUAUUUUAUGAUCGUUGCGUAAAAUGACUGCGGUCAAAUCUCGAUGCUGAUUUAUCGAUUCGUGUCGACGAACUCGAUGACGGAAUCGAGUGAAAAUCUUUGAGUAAUCCGAUCGAGGUCGAUAUCGACGUCGAAUAUCGUAGAUUCUUAUGAAAUCAGUUAAACCAUAACGACAUUCGAGUCAAUUAAUUAAUGUUAAAUUUCGUGUUAAGUUUUACUUCGUUCGAUCUAUCGGAGCAGUCUUUCGAUAUUCUUAGAGGAAAAAGAGAUCGAUUACGAUACGUAACAGUUGAUGAAUUUUAAGCAUUGUUUUUAUUGCGAACACAAAUAAAGAAGAUUACGAGUACGUGAAAA